AUGAAAGUCUUGCACUACUUGAGUUUGGUCUACGAGGCUACUCAGCGUUUGCCUGUUGCAUCUAGACUGGUAGACCUGGGCUCAUCAGCCUUAUCUGGCUUGACGCGCUGCUUCAGCGGAGGCUGGGUGGCCGGAGCGGUCGAGAAGUGCUCCAGGCCCAGCAAAAGGCUCAUCCUCUACGAGUUUGAAGGCUGCCCCUUCUGUCGCCGUGUGCGUGAAACUGCCUCGGUCUUGGCGUUGGACCUGGUGGUGUAUCCCUGUCCCAAGGGGACACUGAAAGCCGCUGGGGGCCCCCAGACAUCGCGCUUCAGACCUGAAGUUGCCAAGCUUGGAGGGAAGGAGCUCUUCCCGUUCCUCGUGGAUGAAAACACCGGAGUACAGAUGUACGAGUCGGCCGAGAUCAAUAAGUAUUUAUGGAAGACUUAUGGUGCCCAAGCUGAGGUGCCUUGGACAUACUGGCUUGGCGAGAAGCUCUUUGUGAAGCCCCUGAUCUUCUUCCCGACACUGCUCCGGCCCCUGGUGACACACGGACUGCUGCGAGUGCCGAGCGUGGCGCCCGAGUCGCCCUUGGAGCUUUGGGGAUGCGAGUCGUCACCCUUCGUCCGGUUGGUGCGAGAAGCGCUGUGCUGCCUCGAGUUGCCAUACGUACUACGUCAGGUUCCACACGGAGAGUUGCAGAACCGAGCAGAAUUCCGGGAGAAGUACGGACAUCUCUUGUCCCCAGCCCGCCGCGCACUGGGAGCCGUACAAAUGCCGUUCCUAAGGGAUCCCAAUACUGGCACCGAACUUUUGGAGAGUGCUGACAUCGUGAAGUAUCUUUACAAGACCUACCGAGACGGACCCAUGCUUGAGGAAACAUGGCUGGACUUCAACUCUGCAGUUGGCCCAGCAGAGCCCUGCACAGUGGCCCUGCAGAGUUGGAAAAGGUCCGAGAAGGUCUCCACCGAGAGCAUCCUGGAGGAUGUGACCUCCAUCCGUGGCACCUUCACCGCGCAGCGUCGAGGCCGUGUGCCUUUCGUGGACAAUCAGUACAUUGAGUGGGACGAGAUGACGCGCUUGGUUUUGGAGAUGGGAAAGCUACAAGAAACACAAGGGAUCAAUGCAAAGGACUUCCAGGGAAUCCAAGCCGCAUUGACAGAGCUGCUGCACACGAAGGAUCAAGAUGCGAAGGCCAAAUACCAGACAGACAUAGCGAUGCAGAUAGCUAUCCCCUUUGUGCUGGCAGAUCCCUAUGUGAUGCACUUUUUGGCCGACUGCUUGCUGAAGCUCGCGCAGAGCUCAUCCCCCGAACAUGGGGAGAGCUUAAACACUGAGGCUCGAUUCGUGUUUUGGCUCCUACAUGCCAGCGCUCAGCCAGGUGGCACCAAGCACAUCCUCCGGCGGCCACGGACCGGCGCGGAGUUUGGUGCGGCGCUGGGCCUUCGUUUAGAUCACCUGGCUGCAGCCUUGCGAUGCUUUGGCGCAGAGGACAUGAAAGAGGCAGACUUUACUGCUUCCAUGCAAGAGUUGAGAAAUGGUGCUGAACAAGAUGCUCUCAGCACACUGCGACUUUUGGUGGCCCUCUUGGCCAGCAAGGCCAUGGCAGCCAAAGGCAUCAAGCAUUUGGAGUUGUGUCUGCAGUUGGCUGCCCAAUGGAGGAAAAACAGGUAUCGAUCCGAUAUGGAGAAGUCUGUGGACUGGAUUGACCAGCUCCUUGUUGAUUGGAUGAUCAACUCAGCCAAGCAGUUGGGAUUCCGCUUCGAUUUCAACCUGCGGAAGCCUUGCCUUGAGUAUUUGACCAUGCUCGCGGAGCAGGAUCCGUUAGUCCAUUUCAAGGUGGCCAAGCUGCUGGCAGAGCUGUUUACCAGCUUCGCAUCAGCACGAGAAGAGCUCACCUUCGUUGGCAAGGCCCUGAUGGCUGGCAACUACGAGAAUGGCCACUACUCCUGGUGGAAGGAUAUCUCAAGUUUGUACCUUCCUUUGGUGUACCCGAAAGUGUAUCUCCACAAGGUGUAUCAGGAGAGCCCUUUGGCACAAAGAGCUCCACUGAAGGCACCUGACACGCCACCAGCACAGCGACCUACUUCAGCCUCACAUGAUGCUUGGGCUGAGCCGGAGGCCGUUCUUCAACAUCGCAAGAGCUUGGAGGUGCCGGAUUCCCUGCUGACAGCACGGAUCUCUGCCUUGGUGCAUAAUUUCUGCCAAGCCGCUACAACCUACAGCCGGCUGACCAUGUCACAGGCUGCUGCUGAGGUGGUGGAGUUGCUGUCCGAGAAAUACCAAGGCACUCCAAGGCUUUGCCACUUGGCCGCUGGCUGGUUGACGUUGUUGCAGGGGCAGGACAGUGCACAAGCCAAGUGUAAAACGUUACGGCAAUGCUUGGGCCGACGCAUGGUCGCCGAGUUCUCUCCAGAGCGGUUGGACCGGUUGAUGGAGCUGAACAAGCGGAGAGCCACGGCGGCCUGGCUACAGGAGUUUAUCCAAGUGGAGGAGUGGCGCCAGGUGGUGUAUGAGCUCAGGAGGGAAAGCCGAGGGCGAUCCUCCACGUUUCUCUCGGGCGUGACCCACCAGAUCUCGGAGGACCCUUCCUACAAGGAUGAGCUCUUGCGUGAACCCUCCACCUCCGAAACCUUCCGCCUGUUCUGCCGCCAUGUGCAGCACCUUUUGCUCGCCAUUUUCAGUGUGGCCCGCACGGAUGAUACUUUGACCAGGCAAGCUGUUGAGAACUUCUGCAAGUUCAGCUGCUAUGGUCGCCACACCUAUGUGUACUCGCAGGGCAUUCUCCGGGAGCUGAUUCGCAUGGUGCCUGUGCACCGCAGACCUUUGCAGUGCAUCAGCCAGGUGUUGACGCAGCUGCAAAACAAGACCGACAACAUGGUUUUACGCAUGGACUUGCGCCUGAGUCCUGUUGGAAAAUAUCCCGACCUUUCCGCGCUUCUGCACUCCAUGUGCCGCUUUGGCAGCUCUCCUCGCUUUGUGGCUACUGAUGUGGUGAAACUGCAUCGCUUGAUUGAAGACCUGGUCGACUGCAAGGAGCCUGAGUCGAAAAGCAAGAAGAUGGACAAAGCUCCGCGGGCGCCGAAGGCACCUGCACAGGAGGAAGGGAAUGGCCGCAGCACACAGGUGGACCGGUCGCGGACCGCGCGGGCGACCGCGCGGGCGACCGCGCGGUCCACCGCGCGGUCCCGCGAGCGCUCGCCGGGGAGCGACGGUUCCGCGACCGAGGUCGCCUCGGAAGCCGACAGUUGGGCAGGAGAGGCUCGCUCCGCAGCAACGCCCUCAGCAGAGAUGGCCGCUGAACAAACCGAGGCGGAGAAGAAGCACCCGCAGACUGCUCCACAGACAGUGCUCAAAGGGAAAGAGGUGGAAGGUGAAGCGGGAGAGGACCAAAGUCAAAGCGAGGCGGCCUCUGAUCAAGAUCGAGCAUCAUGGAUGUCCAACCCACAGGCGGGUCAGGAGAAGACUGUGACUGAGAGGACUGCGAGUAUUUGGGGCAUGCCGAAUCCAAGUGAGUUGCAGCGUGGUGAGAGUGAAGCUGGAGGUGAGCUCCCCGAUCCAACAAAAGGCGUGCGGGGAAUCUUGGAAUCAUUGAGAAGUCCUGUCUUCUUCGAGGCGCUGUUGACCCGUUUCGUCGACCCCUUCGAUGCACAACUGGCGGAGCUUUCGGAGCCGGAGCGCCACGCCUAUGCCCGGGUGCUGGCAUUGUCCUGCCACGAUGGCAUCCUAGAUGCCAAGAAUACCAAAGCCCGGCUAGAUGCUGAAGAGGCCGUCCAGGUGACCACAGCGGAGUUGGAGUCCUGCUAUGUGGUCGCUCACCAUCCUCAAGCUUCCUGGCUUCGACAAGUGGCCGGCAUGAUGCGUUUGCAGCGAACACGGCUGGGCUGUGCGGCUGGACUGCGCUGGCUACAGCAUGUCGUGUUAAGCUCCCGGGUACCUGGAAAGCAGCUGUUGGUGAGGAUGUCCCAGCCCAUCAUUUACCUGAUGCUCAAGGAAGCCUGUGAGGCGCAGAAGCUACACGCCCAUCGAGCCUUGCGAAUCUUGCAACAUGUCUUGGAGCUCUUGCCCAGCACGGCGCAACAGGAGGAGGAAUCACCAGAGGCAGAGCCAAUGGCUGCUGCACAAGGUGAUGAGGUGGUGUAUACAGACUUCCAAGAUCCGCCGGCUCUCCGCCUCCGUGUGUCCAAGAUGGUCGCAGGAACACUGCUGUACAUUGCUUUGAAGAAGAACUUGGGAGUCCCCGUGCUUGAUUUGGUUCGGAGCACUCUCCACAGUUGGGAGAAGGAUGGCAUCCACUAUUUCCUGGAGCAGCUCUUCCACUCAGUGCAGCCACCUCACUCUAAGCGCUUUUGUUGGGCCGUACUCCUGCUACUGGCGACUCCUGCUGGUAUAGCUGCAUGCAGCACGGCCCAGAACUGCCCUUUGGCGGAACAGUUCUGCAACCAAGCACGCACUUCCUUGGAAUCGGUGAAACUGGAUUCGCAGACGGUGGAAGAUCGGGUCUUGCAGGCGAAGAAGGCCUUCGGUACCCUGGAGACCGCCCUCACCGCUGCGCGCGCCGCGUUGCCGGUGCAAUCACCGGGCCCGAUGACUUCGCCACGGCCUUCGCCACGGCUGGUGCCCUCGCCGGCGCCCCGUGCACGCCGGGAGCAGACGGAGGAGCAGGCCAAUCUCUACCGGUGGUGGCAUUCUUCUCCAGGGCUGACCAUUGCCGCUAAGCCCCGGAAGCGAAGGAAAGAUGAGCCUGCGGAGCCUGCGAAAAGUCAUCGAGGCCGCCUGGGCGGCCGUGCUCUCCGGCCGCGGUCCGCUCGGCCGCGAUCGGCCCGAGUGCCGAAGGCCGACGCUUCUGAUGAGGACCCCUCUUUGAGCGAGGAGGAGCAGGAGGCAUCAAGCGAAUACGAAGCACCCGCGAAACGGGAGACCCAGAGAGACCAAGCUGUCCAGGCUCUCCAAGGCUGUUGGCAGCAUUCCAACCCCAAGUAUGGACAGUUGAGAGUGCAGGACUUGGUCGUGACCUUCCUUUCGAGUGGGAAGACUUGCUCGGUCACUGCAAGGCCAGAUGGAAGUGUGGACGUUGCAGGAUGGGUCUCCAGGCCCGAAGGGCCAAAACCGCAGAGGAUCACCUGGACCAGCGGCACUCGAAGCUGUUCUUGGCAGCGCCAAAGGUUGCGACUCCGGCACCAGCAACAGUGA